AUGCGCUCAUUGGGAGCUCGGAGCGUCGCGCUGCACGCAUCUCUGCUGCUGCUGCUGCUGCUGCUGGUGCAUGGAGGCACCCAAAGGACCAGGGAUGGAGGUUAUAUGAGGGCGCAACCGAGGUUUUCCCUCAUGGAUCGAUCAAAUGCAUACCACCUGCCCACCUACAUGAUGCACCUCUACAGGAAUUUCAAAUCCAACUUUUCCAGGCCUUUGGAUACUAUGGAGCAGGAUGCAGCAAAGCAGGCAGACACAGUGAAGAGUGUGAUGGCUAAAAGUUUGACGUACAGACAGAAGGGCUGGAUUGCGACCUUUGACCUCCAUCCCCUUCUAGCUGACAAACAGAUCCAGGCGGCGGAGCUGAGAAUCCGGCUCCCUCGGACGCCGAGUGCUUCCAACUUCACUGUGGAGGUCUAUCACCAGCAUGGCCAGGCGUGCCAUACGCACAAGAGCUGCCAGGAGCAGCAGCUGGUGGGGCUGCUCACUGAAUCAUCACUAGUCACUUCAUCACAGAGCUGGAAAGUGUUCAACAUGACAAAACCUCUCUUGAGCUGGCUCAGGCGAAAAUCGGCCACGGCGAAGAUUCGACACAAAAUAGUGUCAAGAAGGAGGAGGGGGGUGAAGACAAAGAGAGGCCUGUCGCUUCCGGAUCAGCCCGUCUUUGCGGCGAGCCCGAGGAGAGAGCAGGACGUGAGUGACCGGGCCUUGCUGGUCGUCUUCUCACAAACCGGCUCUGAUGAAAACUCAAAGGCCAAAGCCAGCUUACUCCACACAGCUGAACAAUCCAAGUUCUUGUCCCCCGCUGAAAUCAAAAGGGCCCGCGGGCCAAAGAGGCGCAGGAGCAAACGGGGCCAGACAGAACAAACAGUGAAGAGCCUGCAGGCGUCCAAGAAAGGGAGUGAUAAAUCUCUCUGUCGCAGAGUCGACCUGCACGUAGACUUUAAUCAAAUUGGCUGGGGGUCCUGGAUCGUCUUUCCUAAAAGAUAUAACGCCUACCGCUGUGAGGGUUCCUGCCCCGGUCCCCUGGGGGAACACCUGAAUCCAACAAAUCAUGCGUACAUGCAGAGUUUAUUGAAACAUUACCACACCGACAGAGUGGCGCCCCCCUGCUGUGCCCCGACCAAAAUGAGCCCAUUAAGCAUGCUGUACUACGAGAACAGAGAGAUGCUCCUCCGACAUCACGAAGACAUGAUCGUGGAUGAAUGCGGCUGCCAGUGACAGCUACAACUACCUCCAAACAUGACCUGUGUUGCUGAGCGCUGUUAACAGCAUAAAACAUGCUGUGCAGGAGCAGCCAAUGUCUGAAAAACAAAAGAAAACACUUAAGAGGAAAAAAGCUCUUUGAUAUUUGUCACAGUAAGAUUGUGGCUGAUCUAUGCGCAGAGCAGAGAUGGGAUUUUAAUUUGCGAUGUGAACUUUGGUUUGUUUGUAAGGAGAACAGUGUUGUUUUUAAACUGUGCUGAAAUACAAACUCAACAAUAGCAUCCAGCCUUCCAGCUGUGUGCAGAUGUCUACAACUUUAUUUUCCUUAUCAAUUUCACCAAUGUAAACAUGAAAUUGUUGAAUAUUCCAGCACUGUUUUUAUUGUACACUGCCAUUUGUGUAACUGUAAAUUAAUGUAUAUUUAUUGUAAAUAUUAAAGAAAUUGUAUUUAUGUACAUUUUGCACAUUGAUUAUGUAUUUUUUUAUGAUCUAUUACUUAUACUAUAUCAUCUGGGGCUGGGUAUAUCUUUUAUUACUAAUCAAAGUAUGUCCGUAACAGAAAGUAUUAAAAACUAUCAAGUGCCUAAAGCUGGCAUCAAUUGUCUUGUGAGAUUGAUUAUGUUGUUCACUUAUUAUCUGAUCA